AUGCUUCACGAGCCAGAAAUCCUAAACGGUUGGAAAAAGGAAAAUUUUGGAAUUCAAAGGAAAAGCCAGACAAAGGCAAAAACAAUGCCUGGCUUAUUUCCCUCAAGAGGUGCACUAUUGAAUAAGAAUCUAAACAGAUUUGGUGAAAAUAGUGAUGAUUCUCCAAGUGUUGGGGUUGAAAGAAUAUCGUUUAUUGCUCAAAGCAGAGAAAGGCUGAUUGCUAGUGAGCCUCAAAUCAAGUGUGUGCCCUCGUUUUCUACGAAAUUCUUAAAAAAACUGCCUAGAAUGCAUGUGAGGGCAAGCACAUUAUGCAUGCCUCACCCUCAAGAGUUAAGCAAUACAAUUGAUGAAGCGCCACCUACAGAGCUUUCUGAGAUAGAUAUUAAAACCGAAAUUGAUUCGAUUUGCAAACCUCAUGAAACUCGCCCAAGAAAAUUAUCACCUUUUACUGCUAAAAUUAAGUAA